CGGUAAUCAUGGGGAGGGGGAAAGGAGGAACCGGACAGGUGACAAGACACUCAGGUUACCACCACAACUCCUCCCUCAACCCCUCCUCUUUGUGAUGUGUCAAUGAUGUGGUCAUGAUGUAGUCUUAGAGGUGUAGCAUGGGGGAUUAGUAGCUGAUAAAAGUUGGGGUCUUCUUUUGUUUGGGGCUUCCAUCUUGUUCCACCUGGUGGCAGGUGGGAGUCCUGUGGCGACAGUCUUCAAGAAAGACCAAGCCUACUGGCUGCUGUUUUGCUCUGGUAUUCCGGGCUGGGGUCCUUGUUUUUUUUGUCCAAGGGAACCCUCAGAUUUCUCCAUUAACAGUCUGUAACCUGAAGUGUCUGUACCCCGAGGUUGAUGUUGUUCAGUCGUUUAGUCGUGUCCGACUCUUCGUGACCCCAUGGACCAGAGCACACCAGGCACUCCUGUUUUCCACUGCCUCCCUCAUGUUGGUUUCUUCGAGAACACUGUCCAACCAUCUGGGGGGCAGCCAGGAAACGGAGAAGGGGCAGGGGCUGGUGUUGAACUGGGCAGACUCCCCAGUGGGGAAACGCCAGCAAAGCUUGCAAGGCCACCCCCCCUUGAGGAACUGGACGACCGUGACGACGACGAUGAUGAUGACGAAGACGACGAAGACGAUGACGACGACGAUGGUGGUGAUGGCGAUUGACCCCGGCCUACUUCCUUGGGGUCCCUGGCCAGCCUGAAGGAAGCGUGUGAGACAGGGAAAGAUAAAGCUCAUCAAAGCUGCAUGGGCAGAGUUCUCGCCAGGUCACAAACUGCAGAGAGGGAACUUGCUUUGUCCCUGGGUCACAUGCUGGGGCAUCUUUCUUGCUGCAUCACAGACCUUGGCUUCUCUGGAAGAGGAUAGAUAGAUAGAUAGACAGACAGAUAGCUAAGAGCAGCAGACGCAAGGCCUAGCUAGCCCAGCCUCCUGUUCCCAUAGAUUGGACCCGCCCCCCCAGACGCCCUCAAGGGAAACCCCACAGCCAGGCAGGCAGGGAGGGGUCCCCUUCUAGCGCUGCUCCCUCUGCAACUGGUUGUUGUUUAGUUGUUUAGUCGUGUCCGACUCUUCGUGACCCCUGGACCACAGCAUGCCAGGCACUCCUGUCUUCCACUGCCUCCCGCAGUUUGGUCAAACUCAUGCUGGUAGCUUCGAGAACACUGUCCCACCAUCUCGUCCUCUGUCGUCCCCUUCUCCUUGUGCCCUCCAUCUUUCCCAGCAUCAGGGUCUUUUCCAGGGAGUCUUCUCUUCUCAUGAGGUGGCCAAAGUCUUGGAGUCUCAGCUUCACAAUCUGUCCUUCCAGGGCUGAUUUCCUUAAGAAUGGAUGCGUUUGAUCUUCUUUCAGUCCAUGGGACUCUCCAGAGUCUCCUCCAGCUCCAGAAUUUAAAAGCAUCAAUUCCUUUGGCGAUCGGCCUUCUUGAUGGUCCAGCUCUCACUUCCAUACAUCACUGCUGGGAAAACCAGUAACCCGAGGUACCACUGUAUUAUUAUUUAUUUAUAUCCCGCCCAUCUGGCUGGGUUUCCCCAGCCACUCUGGGCGGCUUCCAGCAAAAUAUUAAAAUACAAUAACUCAUCAAAUAUUAAAACAAUUCCUCAAAUGUUAAAAGCUUCCCUAAGCAAGGCAGGGGGUGGGACUAGAUGGCCUCUGGGGGUCCCUUCCGGGUUCCAAUCCCAGAGAAGCAAAUAAAAGUAUUCCCCUGGAGGUGAGGGGGUGGCUCUAGGCGGGGAGGCGCUCUGCCCAUGCUCAGGAGCGCCCCGUUGGGGCCUGGACGCCGUUGCCAAGGCGACGCCGCCCCGCUUCCGGGUUCCGGCGCCCGGCGAUGACGUAGUUCCGGGCGCCUCUCCUCCUUCCCGCUUGCUUCUCCCUGGAGGAUGGGGGCCGCCCGGGAGGCCGAGCAGCAGCCGGCGCCGGAGCCCGAGCGGGGCGACGAGGAGGACGAGGAGGACGAGGAGGCGGCGGGGCAGGAGGAGGCGGAGGAGGAGGAGGCGGCCGGGCCCGGGGGGUCGGGCGCCGCGGUGAGGGGGGGGGAGGCCGGGGGGGGAGGAGGGGGACCCCGUUCCCGGGGGGGGGGAGAGGGAGAGACCCCCGACUGAGGCGCCUCUCGUCCCCCAGAGCCCCUGGAACAUCAUGAUCAAGCACCGGCUGGUGCAGCGGAGGGGACGGAGGUCGCAGGUGAUGACCAGGUGAGCGGGGGGGGGGGAGGGGGGGAGGGGGGAGAAACACCCCCCACAAACACACACACACAAUGCCGGAUUUACGUAGAGGCUAAACAAGCUUUCCCUUAGGGCCCCACUUUCUGGGGAGGCCCCCCCAAAAAAAAUUAAAGGGGAAAAAUGUACGUUUCCAAAAUAUAAGCUAAAAAACAAAUGAAAUAAAACCCGCCUACCUGUUUUGUUGGCUCCUAUGAUGUAAAUCAAGCAUAGGCAACCUCGGCCCUCCAGAUGUUUUGGGACUACAGCUCCCAUCAUCCCUAGCUAACAGGACCAGUGGUCAGGGAUGAUGGGAGUUGCAGUCCCAAAAGAUCUGGAGGGCCGAGUUUGCCUAUGCCUGGUGUAAGUAAUGAGCCCCGCCUGCUAGCCUGCUCCCUAAAAUAUCACAUACAGUCAUACCUCGGGUUGAAUGUGCUCCGAGGCAACCCGGAAGUAAUGGAAUGUGUUACUUCUGGGUUUCGCCGCAUGCGCAGACCAUCAAAAUGACGUUACGCACAUGCGCGGAAGUGGCAAAACGUGACACACGCAGACGCACCGUCGCAUCUUACGUUCCAUUCAGUAUGCGAACGGGGCUCCGGAACGGAUCCCGUUCGCAUCCCAAGGUACCACUGUAUUUUGUAAUGUGCAAAUGGCUUUAGAUACCUGUUAGGUCCGUAAGUGACCAUAUAGCAUAUAUUCAACACAGAAAACAUUGACAAUUUGUUGUUGACAAAGGACAGCUGGACAUAUCAAGGGCCCCAUUGCCUUCAGGAGCUGAGGGCCUCAUCAAACCUAAAUCUGGCCCUGCACACACCCCACACGCAACAGCGGCAGGAGGAGCCCCUACCAAGCCGGUUUCUCCCCCAGGUCCUGCCCUUUGCUACCAGCUCCCCCUGGGCUGAGGAUGCUCAUCACCUGGAGGCAGAAGGGAGAACAAGAGAAAGACCUCACACACACCCCAUAGCAUAGGAAGCGAUGGGGCUGAUUGGACCAAAAAAUCCUUUUCUCUCACUCACACACACGCAAAUACCACUGCAAGCAACCGAAGGCAAUCCUCCAGGCUCUGGGCUCGCCAACAAAAAUGAAUAAGCAAAUUAGGAACCUGUCCACAUGACACAAAAACUGCACGUGUGCUAUGCAAAAGAAGGAAAGGUCAUUAUCCUGCCCUCCCCUCCUUUGCCUUGCCCAAGGUGCUGCACUUCCUGCAGGUCAGAUGAACAAUGAAGCUGCAGGUGGGAAGGUUUGGGACAGGUAAAGCAAAGUCCUUCUUCACAUGACGCAGUAUUGAACUGCAGUAUUCACUCCUGCAGGAGGGUAGAGAUGGCUGCCAAACCAGACGGCUUCAAAUUAUUACUAUUAUUAAUUAUUAUUAUUUAGGUUUGUAUGUCACCCUUCAUCCAUACAUCUCAGGGAGGUUCACUGCAUAUAAAUGCAAGGUGAAAACACAAUAUACAUAAUAAAAAGAACAAAAUAAACCACGUGCUUGGGAGUGAUUAACAGAGGAGAGGCUAUCAUUGGCUACUAGCCAGCAACACUUCUGAAUACCAGUUGCAGGAAACCACAGGAGGGGCAUGUUGCUCUUUUGCUCAGAUCCUGCAUGAGGGACCCCUCUAAUGGGUGUCUGGUUGGCCACUGUGAACACAGGAUGCUGGACUAGAUGGGCCAUGGGCCUGAUCCAGCAGACGCUGCUUACGUUCUGCUGUAGAGCCCAGGGGUGUGCAUGUGUUUGCUGGCUGCAUCCAGCCAUCUCUCGGUCCAGUUUUACAGACCCCGUGGUUUCUAUGGACCUGCUCCGAGCCGUCCUGCAGCCCAGCAUCAACGAAGAGAUCCAGGCUGUCUUCAGCAAAUACAUGAAGGUAAGAACAUCAGAAAGGCCCGUGAUGGACCUGCCAGCCUUGUGAGGCUGUGCAGGAAUCCUGCCCACAUUCAGCCUCAGGGUGCCUGGGGAGGGCAGACCUUUCCCCCCAUUCAACCAUUGGGGCUUCUGUGGGCAGCAGUGAGAGGGAGCUGCUGGCCCAGGUUUCAACCACCUCGCAGUAUGCCAAGUCGGGUGAAGCUUGGGAAGGGAUGGGUGGCACUUUGAGGGGCAGCUAAUUUGGUCUGCGCCAUCCCUGUCGUUCCCAAGUUCUUCCAGAAGGCCGCAGGGAACGUGCGGGAGAAUGUCGGGGAGGACGUGGACACGGAGCAGCUCAUCCAAGAGACGUGCCGGAGUUGCCUGGAACAGGUGGGUGCCUGAGGGUCUUCCUUGUUUCAGGAAUGAGUUCCCCCGGGGGAAGGGCCUCUUCUGGGGGCAGAAAGCAACACCAGCAGGUCUCAGGACCUCCCAGGAGGAAGCCACCUCUGCCUAGCAGGAUGCUACAGGGGGAGUGAGACAUGUCGUCGCUGCUGAUGACUUCUGGCCGUGACGGCGAUGCGUCCGCAGGCAGUGAUGCUUCCGAAUAGCACUUCCUGGAAGGCCCAGGAGGGGAGAGUCCUGCCCUUGUGCUCACACCCUGCUUGAGGGUUUCCCAGAAGUGCUUAGCCCUGAGAGAACAGGAUGCAGCGCUAGAGGGGACCUCUCUAGAGCCAGUGUGGUGUAGUGGUUAAGAGCGGUAGUCUCGUAAUCUGGGGAACCGGGUUCGCGUCUCUGCUCCUCCACAUGCAGCUGCUGGGUGACCUUGGGCCAGUCACACUUCCUUGAAGUCUCUCAGCCCCACUCACCUCAGAGAGUGUUUGUUGUGGGGGAGGAAGGGAGAGGAGAAUGUUAGCUGCUUUGAGACUCCUGAAGGGGAGUGAAAGGCGGGAUAUCAAGUCCAAACUCUUCUUCUCUCUUACCUGAUCCAGCAGGGUACCUUCUUUUGUGCCAGACACACCUCUGUGGAGUAGGAAUUCCACAGCAUUUUGAGGUUCCUGAUUCCCCGCAUGCUGCUGUUGUUAAAACUAGGCUCCUGGUGUCCUUGUGCUCUGCUGGCAGAGGACCAUGUGGGGUGUGUUGCAUUCCCCCCCCCCCAGUCUUUUUAUUUAUUCAUUGUUUUCGGGUUUAUGCAUUGCACUAAAUUUACAAUCAUUUUCACAUUUCAAAACUUCAUUUCCUUCCCCCUCUUGUUGCAAUUCCUUAAAUUUAUUUUUAAUAUCUUCUACAUAUCCAAAUUAACUUACCGUAAUUUACUCAUUUAUUCAUCUACUUUAAAUAUAUGCUAUUAUAAAACUGCAGGUUAUUACAACAAUCCUGCCAAUGUUCUUAUCUAUUUACCAUUUAUCUGUAAAUAUUCAAUAAACCAUUUCCAUUCUUUUAUAAAAAACUUGUUAUCUUGAUUUCUUAUUUUUCCGUUAAGUUUUGUCAUUUCUGCAUAUUCCAUAAGUUUUUUUUAUCCAUUCUUCCUUUGCUGGGACUUCUGCUCCUUUCCAUUUUGGGUCGAGUAACAUUCUUGCCGCUGUAGUAGCAUACAUGAAUAAGUUUCUAUACAGUUUCAGUAGUUCUGGCCCUGUAAUUCCCAAAAGACAAGCUUCUGGGGGUUUUUUUACAAUCAUUAUUUGAAACAUCCUUUCCAAUUCAUUACAUAUCCUUUCCCAGUAAGCUUUAACCUUACUACAAGACCACCACAUAUGAUAAAAACAACCUUCUUUCUCUUUACAUUUCCAACAUUUAUUUGGUUUAGAUUUAUACAUUUUUGCCAAUUUACUCGGUGUUAGAUACCAGAGAUAUAUAUGUUUUUCAUAUAAUUUUCUCUUAGAAUAUAACAUGCUGUAAAUUUUAUAUCCAUAUUCCACAAUUGUUCCCAGGCUUCCAUAUCUAUAUUAUGACCAAGUGUCACCUGCUGCUUCCCAGUGGCCAUCCUCAGAAGCCUUGAAGCGGCUACAAUUGGCAGUUGGCAUAUAAUUCCUAGGAUCUUAAGGGUUCCAGCACAGGGUGCUGAGCACAGACUGGGUGCCUCGGCCAUCCCUGCUGCACUCCUGACCCUUUCCUCUCCCUCCAGGCCAAGCUCCUCUUCUGCGACAGCAAGAAGUCUGCUGCCAGGCUGCCCCACGAAGUGCCAGCGAUGAAGGUAGAAACCCUUUUCUCUCUUCUGCAAGGGACGGGGCUGGUGCUUUCUCUCUCGCGCCCGGGCGUGGGACCUUCAGGUGCCUCUGAGCAGCCAUCGGCUAUCAGCCCUGUGCCUCCUCCUGGGGAGGACUUUGGGAGCGCUGGCUCGGAGCAGAACUGCCCCAAAGGGCCCUGCUGGCCAAGGAGCGUCAGAGCGGGGAGAGACGAAUGCUUCUCCCAUUUCCAACGGAGCCUCUCUUCUCCCUGACCAGCGUGCCAAGCCAAUGGAAGAGGAGAUGAGCCAGCAGGGAAGCCCCAUCCCCAGAAAGGUAGGAGACCCUGGGAGCUGUUAGAGAAGCAGCAGCGGCGGGGGGGGGUCACUCUGGAGCUCAACUCCUGACCCUUCAAGAUAGGCCAGGGGCAAGGGUCACCAGGGUACGUCACCAGCCAGAGGGCAUUCUCGGCGGUGGCGCCUGCCCUGUGGAAGGUCCUCCCAUCAGAUGUCAAGGAAAUAAGCAGCUAUCUGACUUUUAAAAGUUACAGGUCCGCCAUAGUUGAAACAAAAUAAAAAAAAUCCUUCCAGUAGCACCUUAGAGACCAACUAAGUUUGUUAUUGAUAUGAGCUCUCAUAUCUGAAGAAGUGUUCAUGCACACGAAAGUUCAUACCAAUAACAAACGGAGUUGGUCUCUAAGGUGCUACUAGAAGGAUUUUUUUAAUUUUGUUUCGACUUUUAAAAGACAUCUGAAGGCGGCCCUGUUUAGGGAAGCUUUUAAUGUCUGGCGUUUUAUCACUUUAAUUAUUAUUACCUUUAAUUCUGUUGGGAGCCGCCCAGAGUGGCUGGGGAAACCCAGCCAGAUGGGCGGGAUAUAAAUAACAUCAUUAUUAUUCAGGCCCCUCCCUGUGCUGUGCUGCUUCUGUGGUUGUGGGCUGGGGGGAGGUCUGCUCCCAGUGGGGGCAAGGCUUGCACCACCAGGAGGAGCAACUGUUGGCCAGGAGACACUGUAAUAAAAGAUGUCCUUUUUCAGAGGAAAGGGCGGCCUCCAGGACAGAGCCAGGCAAACGACCGAGCGGCUCCAGUCGGGAGCACGUAAGUGUGGCGUCCAGCUGGGCUGAGGGGGGUCUAUGCUGCAACCUCCAAUUCCCCCUCCCACAGUGCUUUGGAGAGCCCCUGCUGAGACAAAGGCAGGAGUCAGUUCAGCAGCAGAGAGAGCAAAGCAGCCAAGCCUAUCAUAGGAACCAGUAGAAAAAAGACAGUCACGGAACUGAGAAAUUACACAAAACAAAUGAAAUACCGUGAAAAUCCCUGAAACAAGAAGUAAUCGACUAGAAAUAGUAUCUUAUAGAAUUAAACUAAAUGACAAAAAUCAAAAAGUUUAAGGAAAAAAUUAGAAAAAUCUAGAAUUGAACAAAGUCUUAAACUUGCCAUUUAGGUUUUCAAACCUUUUUUGUAAACUCAGUUUUAGAAACUGUACCUUUGAGUCCUCAAUCCUUUAUUACUGUGCUUUGCUUCACUUAGGUCGAGCUAGGAUUAUAAUACUUCAGAAUUUUUGGGAGUUUUACCCCCUUUCUUUGAAUUUGGUCAUUUAAGGCUUAUGAUUUCUCUUAUUUCCUUUUGAGGAAACUGAAUAGUUCAGUGAAACGAGGUUUAUAGCCGGCAUCCCGUUAAGGCUUUGUUCAACUCUAGGUUUUUCUAAUUUUUUCCUUAAACUUUUUGAUUUUUGUUAUUUAGUUUAAUUCUAUAAGAUAAAAUUUCUAGUCGAUUACUUCUUGUUUCAGGGAUUUUCACGGUAUUUCGUUUGUUUUGUGUAAGCCUCCAUAGGAAGCAGCCUUAUCCUGAAUCAGGGCAUUGGUCCCGCUAGCUCAGUAUUGCCGACACUGACUGGCAGCAGCUCUCGGAAGGCAGGAGGUCUCUCCCAGCCAUACCUGGAGGUGCUGGGGGUUGAUCCAGAGACCUUCGACCUGCAAGGCAGAUGCUCUCUCAGUGAGCUGCAUCCCUUCCCCAAGCGUGAUUGAGCCAGGAAGGGGAGGAAACAGGCCUUCCCAAACGAGGACGCUUCCUGGGGGUGGCGAGGCUCUGGCUUGGCUCAUCUCUCGGGAGAAGGCACUGGAGAGGCCAGCCCUGCAAUUGAUCCCGUUGGGCUUUGGGUAGGGCUGAGUCCCCUCAAAGCAGAGCGCCCGGCCCUUUCAGAUUCACCUUUUCAGAGUCACAUGAUUCUCAGCUCCGACGCCUUCUCUCCUUUCAGGUGGAAAACCAAGUCCUGCGAGCCAGUGCAGAGGGAUGGUCCCAAGGUAGGCUGUGCCCUGCAGCCCCCAGCCCCUUGCUAUGCAGAGUCUCCCGGGGCGGGGGGAGAUGGGGGGACCUUCCUGCAGGCAGGGAGCUCUUCUGCCUGAUCCAGUUCUACUGGAUUUAACUUGCUUCCGCAGAGCCUGUAACACAGAGCUAUUCCACCUGGCUUUCAAGUUGAACUUAGCCUGAUCUUUUAUUCCCCUUCCUUCCCUCCCCCUCCCCUUUUUAUGAAGAUUACCCGCUCUGGAAUCCCACAGCUAAUUCUCCCCCGGUCUCCUCGCUGGCCCAAACAGGACUAACUUAGCCAGCUAGCCCUGGUGAUCACCUAAUGUUUAUUGGAUGGAUUUCCCCCCUAAAUUGAUUUUGGAAUUCUGAAUUUAUUGUUAUUUUAUACUGUAUUUUAUGCUGUUUUUUGUUGCAUCAAUUAAGUGUUUUAAAUUUGUUGUUAGCUGCCCUGAGCCCGGUUUUCUGAACCAGGAAGGGCGGGGUAUAAAUACAAAUUUAUUAUUAUUAUUAUUACUGAACACCAGCUGUCAGGGACGGGGAGACACAGUGGCAAACGGCAAGGGAGGGCUGCUGAGUGCACAUUACCACUAAGACUUCCCCGGAGUAAGACCGAGUCAGCAGCAAAACCUGAAGCGGGGAUGUAGUGGAGGGAGGCAUGAGCAAACUAACUUCUCUCCUUUUCCUCCUCCUGCUCCUGCUUUGCAGUGGAAUCCCUCACGGAUCACAGACACCACUACCUUCGUCCUUGGAUCAAGGGCCAACAAGUAAGCCUUUGCCAGGCAGGGGGGCACAGGGCUGGGGGGAAGACCAGGUGGAUUUUUGCGUGCACACCCCUUGGGGACAAGCAGAGCACUGAGCUGAUAACCACAGACUGGCCAGUGCUUCUUUGAGGUGGGGGCUGAGGUGGCUUUAGGCCAGGGGUGUCCAAACUUUUUUCAAAGAGGUCCAGAUUUGAUGAAGUGAACAUGCGUGAGGGCCAACCAAAGUUGUGGAGCUUUUUUAGGAUUUUACCCCAGGAAAUAAACUGCCACAGGCGCCGGGUCAAACCCAAUUAGGCCCCUGAAACGGACUUUGGACAUGCCUGCUUUAGGCAUAUGUCUGGGUGGCAAGGAUGGGGUGCAACUUACCAGGUGCAGAAUUCUAAACCCCCUCCCUUUUUGUUCCUGAUUCAGAGCCCUCGGGAUGGGGGGAACCAGAGGCAGGCUCUACAUCAAGCACCCCCACCUCUUCAAGGUCAGUCAUUCGACCCCCCUUGACUCUGCCCCUCCACAUCCUCUGCCCUCGGACCACAGGGGAAGUGAGCUGGUGGCAUUCUCAGAAAACACACCUGUCAGGUCUUGACAGGCCUCACCUAGGAAAGCAGGUGUGGUUUUCUUUCCCUGCCUAUUACUGUCCUCUGGCUCCUGAGUACAGUGGUACCUCUGGAUGUGAAUGGGAUCCGUUCCGGAGCCCCGUUCGCAUCCUGAGUAGAACGUAAGAUGUGUCUGUGCGCGCGCGGGUUGCGUUUCGCAAUGCAUGCGCGUGACGUCAUUUUGAGAGUAAUGUACUUCAUUGCUUCUGGGUCGUUGCAGAGCGUAACUUGAAAACGCUCGACCUGAAGGACAUUUAACCCGAGGUAUGACUGUAUUUGUGUUUGAUGCACAGAGCUUUGAGUGGUUGCGGUAGAGCUCACUGCUCUUCCCCGUGUGUGUACCUGUGGGUACCUGUAGGACCAUUGACCCUAGUGUUUCCUUUCCCCCCCCCACACACACACUCAGACCUCCUUUUCCACCCCUGAGCAGCAGAAAAGUCUUAGAAUGUGAAGAGACGUUUGCACAGUAGACCCCGAGGGUGGUGGCACAACAUCUCUCUGUUUUUCAUAGAAUCACAGAAUAGUAGAGUUGGAAGGGACCCCGAGGGUCAUCUAGCCCAACCCCCUGCAGUCCAGGAACCACAGUUGUCAAUAUCCUCCUUAAAUUGUGGUACCCAGAACGGGACACUCUUUUCAUUCUCUCACAGCCCAGCCUGCAUUGCUUCAUUGCAGUAUGUGUCACCCACAUCCUCUUGACUUCUGUCUCUCUCCCAGUAUGCAGCUGAUCCUCAAGACAAGCACUGGCUGGCCGAACAGCAGCACAUGAGAGCCACGGGGGGCAAAAUGGUGAGCGUCCCAAAGCCUGAGGAAAACAGAACUGAAUGCACUCUGAACGGCACGACAAAUUUAACGGCGUUUAUGAGACCUUCUGCUGUCUAGGGCCUCUGCUGCUUCCUUUAUGCAGUUUUCAUAGAAUUCCUAGAGUCAGAAGGGAACCCAAGGGGUCAUCCAGCCCAACCCCCUGCUGCAAUAAUAAAAUUUUAUUUAUAUCCCACUCUUCCCAGCCGAAGCCGGGCUCAGAGCGGAUAACAACAAUAAAAGUAACACAACAUUCUAAAAUCAAUUCAUUUUAAAAUCAAUUCAAAAUCGAAUUAAUGACCACCAUUGGGCUAGAGUUCUGUGAGGAUUACAGAAGGAGGGGGUCAGACUGUGCCUUGGCCAAAGGCCUGGUGGAACAGCUCUGUCUUGCAGGCCCUGCGGAAAGAUGUCAGGUCCCGCAGGGCCCUGGUCUCUUGUGACAGAGUGUUCCACCAAGUUGGGGCCACAGCCGAAAAAGCCCUGCAGCAACCACAGCUAGAGCAUCCCUGUCAGAGGACCACCCAACCUCUGCUUCUAAAACCUCUGAUGAAGGAGAGCUCACCACCUUCUGGGGGAGUCCUUUCCACUGUUGAACUGCUCUUGGCCUCAGACAGUUCUUCCAAAUCUCCCUUCUUGUCAUUUGAAUCCACCGGUUCGGAUCCUCCCCUCUGGAGCAGCAGAAAAGAAGCUUGCUUUGCAAGCCCCCAAGAGCUGUGUGGUGGGCCUGUCUGGCUGGGCUGGGCUGGGCUGGCUUCUCCUUUACAGGGGGAGUUGGGGGUUGCAAACUGCGGCCUUGCCAUAGCUAGCAACUCCUCGGUCUCUCUCUCUCUCUCUCCUUCCCAAGGCCUAUCUCCUCCUGGAAGAGGACAUCCAGGAUCUGGCUAUGAGCGAUGAUUACCGGUGAGUUACAGAGCAGGCCCUGCUUGGGGUGCGGAUUCUGCCCCUGUGCACAGCUGAGCUUUGUGUCCUGCGCAGGGCGCAUGGGUGUGCAUGGAGCCAGCCCCCCAAGUCUCGGAGGACCCACACGGUCCCACGUACCUGGUGCUGGGGGGACGACUGUUUGGGGGGCAGGCAGGCAGGCAGGCCCGAGUCCUAAGCUGGCUUUCCUGUCCCGUUGUGCCCUAAGAGGUGCCCCCUCUUCACGGGAUCUUCCUCUCUCCUCCAGUUCUUCCAUGGAUCUGAAGAUGGACGAACUGAAGCCCUUCACUCCUCCGCCGUGGAUGACUGCCAAGAUGCGGAGGUUCAUGGAGACCCUUCGCAGCGAAGGGGAACUGCCGCUACCGCCGGAGGGGACUCAGGACACAUAGGGCCUCAUCCUGUCCUCACCCGCUUCCUCCUUGAGCCACCGGGCAGUGAUGGGCUUGCGCUGCCCGCUGGGCUUCCUGAGGGCAGGCAAGAGAAGCCGCCGGGCCCAGCCUGGUCACCCUUGGGCAGUGAUGCAGCACAGGAUCCUUCCCAGGGGCUCACCUGCUUCCCGUUUCUGUACUUUAAUCGUCUUCUUGCUCUUAGGAAUAGUUUGGAAAUAAACACGUCCGCCUGACC